AUGGAUUAUAAAUUACCUUAUCAUAGAAUCAUAUUAAGAGAUAAAGGAUUAUUUGAAGGUAAAAACUUCUCAGUUUCAACUGACUCAAUUAAAUGGAUUCAAGUUUAUUCAUUAUCUAUCACUGAACAUGGUCAAUUAUAUUCAUCUGAUGAUCAAGAUAAUCAUUAUUUAUUGUUACAAUCUUUACAAUCAUGUUCUAUACAAAUUAUACCUAACUCAAAUGUAUCAAAUCAACAACCACUAAAUCAAUCUCGUCCAUCAAUAUCGAAUAAAAGAUCAUUCAAUCUAAAGAAAAAUGGCAACCAAAUUGAAAAUAAUGAAGAAGAACCUCCAUCAAUUUUUAUAAAAACUUUUGAAAAUGAUAAACUAUAUAUCAGAGUUACAACCAAAGGCAAUUUUGACAGUUUAAUAAGUUCAUUAAUUGUUUGGCAAAACCUAAAACCUCAAGGGUUAGCUAAAAAAUGGUAUAGUGAAAAUAAAGUUAUAAAUCAAACAAAUACUCCACAUGAAUUAUUAGUUUGUAGAUUCAAAAUAUAUGGACCAUUACCAAAUAAAUUUAAAAAUGUCAAUGUUAUACCAGGUCCCAAAGCUCCAAUAUAUCAACCUAAAAUUGAUGAUUUUACUACCUUAGCUGAAUCUCCACCUCAAUCAAAUGAUAAUAUAAAUGAAGGUUGGUUUUAUACAAUGGGUGCUCUAAACUCAAAUGGGAUUUUGAAUUUCAUAAGUGAGUUAGAUGGUACACUUCUAUAUUCGAUUGAUAUAAAGACUAUAUUAAAAAGUGAGAUUAGAGAAGUUCAUAAUUCGAUUUUCAAUAGUUCGAAUGUAUUAUUUAUUGGUCAAUUAAAAGAAUUGCGUUAUAAUAACGUUAUAAGAACCACCACCACCUUAAAUGCUGAUCAAUUAUUAACAAAUUUCUUAACAAGAGAUGGGAAAAUAAUACCCAAUAAUCAAAGAAUAUUGAUUGACUUUCCUUUACACAUUGAUUUAGAAGAUUGGUUCGUUGGAUUGAAUUAUUUUGCAAGAAGAGAAUACAUUGGGUCUUUCAAUGAUGAAUCAAAAUUAUUAGAAGGUGUUGAAAAACCUCAUUUGGCUGACUAUAAUAAAGCAAAUUUCAGAGUUUCCAAAAAAGUUACAAUUGAUAUAAUUGAGGCUAAAUUUGAAUCCAACACCAAAAAGAGUAGUGGAAAAAUAUAUGCAGAAGUUAGGAUGUGGGGUUAUCCAUGGUCAAGAACAGCUAUUGUUGGUUAUACUAAUAAUCCAUUUUGGAAAGAAGAAUUUCUGACAGAUUUACCUAUUUCAACUCAAAUGAUUCAUAUCUUGAUAAAAAAGUGCUCAACCAAUGACUCAACAUAUUCAGCAAAUGAUAAAUUGAUAGGAACAGUUUAUGUGACGCCAGAUAUAUUAACCAAACAAAUUAAAAGCAGCUCCACUAUAAUGACAAGUAGUGAAUCCAAUGGAAUUCAAGUAAAUUCAAUACCUAUGCAAACAAGUCCAAGUCAUAAUUCAAGUCUUGAUAUUGUGAGAUUAUCGAUAUAUGAUCCAAAUAAUAUUCCAAUUGGUAAACUCUUGGUUCAAGUAAAUUUAAAUGAAUAUCAUAUUUUAUCACCACAGUAUUUCAAACCUUUAGAAAAAAUGUUAAUGAAUGCACCAUUAAAAGAUUUAAUCAAAUUUUGUAACGAAAAUGUACCAGCAUCUGAAUUUGAAAGAGUAAGUAUAGUUUUGUUGGAUAUUUUUCAAAGUUUAGGUGUUGAAGAUGAUUGGUUUAAAUGUUUGAUGGAAAGUGAGUUGGUAAAUAUAGAUAUAAUUACAAGAAAGAAUUACCACAAACGAAAUAGUCAAGAAAAUGGAACAACAUCUUCGCAAAAUAAUGUUUUCAACACUUUAUUCAGAGGUUCAUCAAUUUUCUCAAAAUCACUUGAAAAAUAUAACAUCAGAAUUGGUCAAGAAUAUUUAGAAAAAGUAUUUGGUGAUUUCUUCGCUAAAAUAAACAAGGAAAAGAAAAAUUGUGAAGUUGAUCCACGAUAUGUAAAAUUACAAGAACGUGCCAAAAGAAAAGGGAUAGUAGUAGAUGAUGACCUAGAUGAUUUAGAAUCAAGUGAUGAAGAAUAUGAUUCAGAUUUAGAAAAAGAAAAAGAUGAAGCAAUAAAAACAAUGGUUGAACAAAAUUAUCAAAAUUUAAAUGAUUAUGUUGAAGAUAUUUGGAAUAAAAUAUAUAUUACAUCAAAUGAUAUACCACAACAAAUUAAAACACAACUUAAAAAUUUUAGAACAAAAGUUGAAUUAGUUUGUGAACCAGAUGAUAAAAUUACAAGUUUAAAUUGUGUUAGUGCUUUUAUAUUUUUAAGAUUUUUCUGUCCAGCUAUAUUGAAUCCUAAAUUGUUUUAUUUAGCCAAAAAUCAUCAAACUGGUAGUACUCAACGUACUUUAACUUUAAUUGCCAAAAUAUUAUUAAAUUUAGCUAAUAGACAAGAAUUUAGUCCUCAUAAAGAGCCUCACUUAGUUAAAAUGAACACCUUUUUAAGAAAACAUCAACAAGAAGUUUAUGAUUAUUUUGAUAAAAUUACUGGUCGUAAAAAUGAUUUUAAUGAAAAAGUUUUAGAUUUAAGUCAUGAAGUUAAGAGAUUUGAUUUAGGAUUAAAUCAAACAUCAAAUGAAUUACCAACAACUCCUUAUCUAAUUGAUAAAUAUUUAAGAUUAACUGAAAUUGUUCAUUUAUUGGAUUAUUCAAAAUAUUCAAGAAGUAGUAGUACACCAAUGACACCAUUAACAAGUCCACUGAAAAUUUUAGAAACAAAUGAAACAAACGAGCUAGAUUCCAUAAAAUUAGAAGAAUUAACUAUACAAAAUCAAGAUAAAAAUGUUUACCAAAUUGGAUCAUUGGAGUUUGAAAAACUGGAAUUUUUAGAUUUAGCAGGAGAUAAUGAAACUGAAGGAUUUAUCAAGUCAUUAUGUAAAGGUAAUGAAGAAAUUUUUUCAUUUAUAAAUUCAAAUAUAACGUUAAAAGAUAUUCAAAAACAAAGUACUAAGAUAAUGAAUAGAAUAAAUGAAUUAGAAAUAUAUCUUGAAAAUUAUGAAUUCCCAGUAAAUUAUUAUGGUGAUCAAUUAUGGUCAGUUUUUACAAAAGAUAUCUUAUCUAAAUGUUGGCUAGAUUGUUCAAGAAAUUGUAUAAUCUCCAGUGAACUCAAUUUAAAUCAUCAAUAUACAAGUAUGAAAUUUUUAAAAAUAGAAGAUAAUGCUUUAGGUAGUUUAAAAUUAAAAUUUAAUGAUUCAACAAAUAAUAGUAAUUCAAAUUUGAUUCAACAACCUCAUCAAUUAAGAUCAAAUCCUUCUAUAUCAAGUUUUAAUGAUAGCUCUUCAAUAAGUGGUACAACUAGUAGUAGUAUAAAAAGUUCAGUUCGAAAAUGGUUUAAAAAAUAG